AUGGUCUUCAAUCAGCUGCGCAUUUUUAGGACGCCUCUGCUCUUAGUUUUCGGCAUUCUCUUCCUCUUGCUGCUCUUCCGGAUAACGGGACCGCCACAGAACCCCUUUAACCCCAAGAACAAACCUCUGAUCAAGAAUGCAACAGCAGUUGGCUCCCAGAGAGUCCCGAAAUCGGACCCCAUCAGCAGGCUGGAGGAUGACUUCCGGCCGGAGGAGGACACGGACUUGGAGUCGCUGCUGCGGGGCAACGAGGACGAGGGCUGGGCAAAGGGACCCGAGUGUGCUCCGUAUCCCCGCUACGAGAAUCUGCGCUUCCAGAAUCCGUACUUCCAGCACACGCGAACCGGAAACCUGAGCUACUACCUGUACGGUGCGUACUACGACCGAAGACCCCGCCUACCGGAAAUAGUCGUCCUCGGAAUGGUGACCACGUGCACGGGUCCCUAUCCGGAGACCCAUCUGCAGAUGUGGUUCGAAGGAGACACCCAGCCGGAGAUAACACCUCUCCGCGAAACCAAGUUGGCCUGGUACUCCUCCUGGGGCCACAAACAGGGUGUGGGCUAUCCCACUCUGCUAACCUUUCAGCUGGCAACCCGAAGGAUUCCCCAGCUGGUGAGUUUGGUCUUUGGCAGCAGGUGUUCUGUGCCACAGAACGCUCUUCGGGUGUGGCAGCCUCCAGCUGAAGAGGCACCUCAACCAAAUCGACCCCUGCGAACGGGAAUCUGCGUGAAGUUCCUCCGCUUUCCGGACGAGGAUCCCUCGGAGCGUUUGGUUGAGUGGUUGGAACUGAUGCGAAUGCUGGGUGCCAGCCGGAUAACCGCCUACGACAUCGGGGAGCUGCAUCCGAAUGCCUCGAGAACCUUGGCCCACUACACGAGUGCCCAGGAUGGCUUACUCGAACUGAGGAAGUUCCACUUUCCCGACGAGAUCAAGGGACACGCCAGAUUUCGCAAGAGUCUCGUGGAAGCCAUGCUCUACAACGAUUGUUUGUACAGGAAUCUCUACGAUUUUGAUUUCCUGGCAGUGGUGGAUGUGGACGAGGUGAUCAUGCCGAUGGGCGACUUCUGGAAUUGGCCAGAUUUGCUGGCGGAACUGCAGUCGCAGGACGUUAAUUGCACCGCUCGCAGUGGCUACUGUUUUAGGAACGUGUACUUUCCCAAGGAACUGCCAGAGGAUGGGGAAAUCCCGAGGCAUUUUCACAUGCUGCGGCACGUGGUGCGGGUGGCCAAUCAUCUGAGUGCCGAUUUGGCGGCCAAGUGCCUCCAUAAUACCGCCCAUGUGACCGUGUUGCACAAUCACUUUGCCCUGAGUUGGCGGGAUGCCUGUGCACCGCAGCAGGUUCCCUUGGAUUUGGGGCAACUGCAGCACUAUCGACAUGUGGACCAGCCGGAGACCUUGAAGGAUCCACCGCCCAUAAGGGAUGCAAAUAUUCGGCGAUUCCAGCAGCAACUCAUACGCAACUCAAUGGCUGUCCAUCGGCAACUCGGUUGGGGAGCAGCGUAUUGA